AUGUUAGGUGGUCCAGUACAGUACCGGUGGAUGUAUCCAUUCGAAAGAUUUAUAGGAGUCUCAAAGAGGGCAGUGACAAAUAAGGCUAGAGUUGAAGGUUCCAUAUGCACCGAUUAUAUACAUCGUGAGACAAAUUACUUUUGUUCUUAUUAUUUCAACUCAUUUGGUUUAUUGCCAAACACAAAUAUUUGUAACAAUCCUCGUUCAGACCAUGAUGACAUCCUACCUACAAUGUCCCUCCUACACAGUGGUGGUCGACCAAGUGGGAAGUUUGGAAACCAUUAUCUAUCAGAUAAGGAAUGGAAGUCUUCACAUGUACAUGUCUUGAUAAAUUGUGAUGAGGUCAAACCAUAUAUUGCGUAA